AUGGCAUCCAGUUCGUUGAUCGGCCGGGGGAUCUACCCGCAACUGCGUCCGGCGUUCGAAUCUCGUCAAGACAUCAAUCCCACCCUGAUGAUGAGCUGGUGGGCCACGGCCCUGUCACUGGUGAUCAUCUUUGUCCGACUCUGCGGCCGUUAUAUUCGCAUCGAGCGCUUCUUCCCCGAGGACAAGGUUGUGAUGUGGAGUGUGAUUCCACUGGUCCUGCGGAUGGUGAUUGUGCACUUUGUACUGGUGCUGGGAACCAACAACACGCAAACGGUCGGAUUGACUCCCGCUCAAGUCCGGGAUCGGAUGCUGGGGAGCAAGCUGGUGCUGGUGGCGCGCAUCUUCUACGCAGUCUAUAUCUGGACGGCCAAGCUCACCGUCUGCGAGUUCUUCAAACGAGUCACGGGCAUGGUCUGGCGCCGAUCGGUGGCCUAUUUCCUGCGCUUCAUCCACUUCUUUCUGGCGUCCACACUGGUUGCCGUGGUCAUCGCCACUUUGGCCGAGUGUCAUCCCUUCAAUCAUUACUGGCAGGUCAUCCCCGACCCGGGGCCACGCUGUCGAAGCGGAUAUGCGCAGCUCAUCACCAUGGGUGCCUGUGACGUCGUCACGGAUCUCUUGCUUGUCGCAUUCCCCGUCCCCAUCAUCUUGAUGGCCCAGAUCCCCAUCAAACGCAAGCUUGCCCUCGUGACCCUAUUCUGCCUCUCCUUUAUCCUCGUCGGGAUCACUUGUUUUCGAGUCCCCUCCGUCAUCUGGCGCCGGGGGGCGCAACCCUACCGAUCUCUGGUCGCAUCGCUGGAAAUCCUCGCCGCAACUGCCGUCUCCAAUCUGGUCGUAAUCGGUUCCUUUGUUCGAGAUCGCGGCGUGAAGAAGCUCAAGUACAAGCCCACGCAGGGCUCCGCCUCCGUGACCGAGAGUCUCGACCACAGCUACGUCCGUCGACAGACCGUCAUGCAGCACCAAUGGGGCAGUGACUGCGAUCUCGCUGGCGAUCUCGGCAUCCGACUCGACCCCAAACUCUACUCCUCCGCCCCCGGCAUGUCCAUCCCCCCUGGUCCUUCACCCAAAGCCACGGUUUCAGACGACGACCGGAUCUCCUCCGCCGAUAGCUUCGACAUCAAAGCCAGCCCGCGCGAGUACCUUCCGACGAGCGAGUCUCCGCGCGACACCCGACUCCCUUCUCCCGACUUCACCCCCUUCUCCCAUCGUGUCUCGUUCUUCGACGUGGGAGGACUGCUCAAUCGAGAAUCGCCUCUGCAGACCCCGUCUCGACCUCCCCUCCUCACUCGACAUACCAUCGCCCCCUCAACCACGACCGCUCCGGUAGCACCGACUCGCCACCGGCGAGGAAGCAGAGCCUUUCUGGAAGACCUUGGAGUAGUCCAACCUCGUACCACGGCCACACCACCGGUCUCAGCACGUCUUUCCUGCCCCCCGUCUCUUCGCACUAUGUCUCCAUCCGAAUUGCUAUCACAUUCUCCCCGGCCGCACCAAUCUUCACGAGACACUGCACCUGAUCUGGAGGUUGAGCUCCAGGACGUCGGUGGGUUACUCUCGAGGAGUACCUACCGAGGAUGA